GGGGCAAACAUCCAGAGUGCUGGACCAAGGUGGCAGGUUAGAGAUCCAAGACAGUUUACUCAGACAGCAAUGGCAGCUCAGUUUCAAAGAGAUCUUCUUGUCAGACUGUCUCUGCUUACACUGGUUAUUAUGAUGGCAUCUAGCAGUGAUAUGGAGACAUCUAACCACAUCCCUGCAUACUUAUGGAAAAUACAGACAAGUGGAGGGACAACGAUAGACAAACGGUGCUCUCUUUGUCCUGCUGGGCAUUUUAUGGUGAAGAGAUGUUCUGAGAAAGAAGACACUAUGUGUGCACCUUGUGCUGAAGGAAUUUCUUUCAAUGAUGACUGGAAUAUGAAAUAUCAAUGUCAGCGUUGUCGCGUCUGUGCAGGUGUGUUUCUCUAUAAACAAAAGUGCAAUUCCACAUGUGAUGCAGCAUGUGAUUGCCAAAACGGUCUUCGUUGCAUGGACACUGAGUGUAGACGCUGCACCCGCCAGAUAAUCGAGAGUCAUAUAGAUUCAGAGAGAGCAAAUAUGGAUAGCUUAAAACACAAAGGGUCAGACGACAGCGACACGGAGAAAAAACAUCAGAUUCCUAAAAAUAAAAAGAGGAAACAGAAGAAGCAUAAAAACAAUAAAAGAAAACAUUCCAAGCAAUAGGAAAAUAAAACAUACAUUUAUUUUGUCAGUUCUACAACUAAUGUAAACUGUGCCCCAGGAAAUGCCUCAACAAACAUCUCUGAACACUGACCUAAACUGGACAUUGAAAUAAAGAGAUAUCCUGGGACAAAGUAA